AUGACGGCUCCAGCAAUCCGAAUCCCCUUCACCGGCCCAUUAGCCCCACCGAUCAUUGUUCCGCCGUCCGCCAGUUCAGUGUCGGGGGCAAUCGAUGCUUUCCUCAACUUCCUGACCGCGGCGCCGUCGCCUUACCUUCGCGGAGUUGAUGUGGGACGAAACUCCCAGAGUGUCCUUCUGACGGGGGCCGGAAUCUCGGUAGCGUCUGGACUGGCGGAUUACCGGGGCGAAAAUGGCACGUACGUCACGAACAAGACAUAUCGGCCGAUAUAUUUCCAUGAAUUCGCAACUCGACAUGAGUCACGAAAGAGAUACUGGGCUCGCAGUUUUGUCGGAUGGCCUGGUCUUGCAAAAGCAAAGCCAAAUUCAACUCACUGGGCAGUCAAAGAGCUCGGCGCCAAAGGUUACGUUAGCUCGGUGAUCACACAAAACGUCGACUCGUUCCAUCAAAUAGCUCAUACUGAGAUCCCGUCGGUUGAACUACACGGAUACCUGAGGUCUGUUGUUUGUUUGAGCUGUCGGAAUCAGUUCCCGAGAGCUGAGUUCCAGAAGUCUCUCGAGAAGCUCAACCCGGCAUGGGCAGAAUUCCUAGCGAAGAUGGUCCACAGCGGAGCUCUUGAUGUAAAUAACCAAGAGGAACAACAGCGCAUGGGAUUAAAGCUCAACGCAGACGGCGAUGUUGAGCUGCCAGGGGCACCUUAUUCCACAUUUCGCUACCCUUCGUGUCCGGCUUGCCUCGAGAAACCUCCGCGGCUUGAGGAUGGAACCGCCGCGAGGGUUGAGGUUGAAAAGGAUGGGGCUUGGCUACCCACGUCGAAGGCGGGUAUUUUGAAACCUGCGGUGAUCAUGUUCGGAGAGAACAUCGACCCGGCUGUCAAGCCAGCCGCAGAAGAAGCCAUUGACGACGCGGGAAGAUUACUCGUCCUUGGAACGUCGUUAGCCACAUACUCCGCAUGGAGGUUAGUGGAAAGAGCCUACAAAAGGGGGAUGCCGAUUGGCAUUAUCAACCUUGGAGGCGUUCGAAAUGAAUCAAUCCUGGUCAAUGAAGCGGACAAAAGCAGCGAUAUAGUUUCGCGAUAUACCCGCUGCAGCCUCAACUCUGACUCCAUCUUACCAUUCAUUGCGUCCCAACUGCCAAAUCUCUCGCGUUAA